AUGAAACAACGAAUAACAUACGUUGUCAAGAACCCAGAAGAGUUCACUCCUGAGCAAAUCAAGGUCGAUAAAGACUUAAGAGGCCCGUGGUUCGCUUUGACAGAUGUCGAUGCUGCGAAGGAACACCGUAUCACACUCGGUCUAGAUGAGCUGCCUAAUGAGAUAAGCAAGCUCUUCCAACAAUGGCACGAACUACAUAUACGCUGGACAUCCUCAAGACCUUACAAGUCCACACCACCAUUCACAUCACGUAUCUCGCCAGGUCUACAUGUCUUCUUCACGCCUCUAUCAGAUACGUCUGAGGAUGCACUAUGCUCCGUUGUCCGCUUCCUUGUCCCUCCAUGGGCGAAUUUGGAUCCUAAAUGUGCAUCGACAUCCACUAGUUCCACUAAAAUGCCCAUCCUCUCGGAACGAUUCUCAAUGUCGACUACCUCGCAGUACUACAGCUAUAUAGGCAGCAUCAAUCAGAUGAAGCAUGAAUUCUGGGAAAUUAUUUGCAACCCUAAAGUUUUUGAGAUAGGUGAUCGUUGUCGGGAGGCGGUCACUGACUUCUUCGAGUCAGACUAUAUUGACAUCGACUACGAUACUAUUUCGAGAAGCGUAGUCCUGACAGCUGAACGGGCACAGGCUACAGAAGGAGACAAACCCUGGGUAGAAACGAUCGACCUGCCAACGAAAGAUGCAACGGUGGAAAUCGGAGUGUUGACUCUGGAGGGAAACGCAGAUCCCGAAGAUAUCCAAUUUGGGGGCUUCUUGACAGUGCUAGGACAAGACGAGAAACCGAAACCCACACGGUUCCAAACCCCAACCCGCCACUACCCCCUUCUCCAGGCCUCGGAGAAUCCAACAGCACAACCCAAACUCCACCCCCUAACAUACAGCACCUCUUUCAAUCAACCGACAGGCCUCCAUCCAACACUAACCCUCACAUUCCCUGCGCAAGAUCUCACGCCCCCCGACCGCUCCUGUAAACUCCACACGCACCUAACCCUCCCUUCCUACCUCUUCAUCGACAAAUACCAAUUCUCCGACAACCUUUUCCUCAAGAGCAAGAACCUCAAGCGCCUCCGCAGUCUAUCCGGCGCUACAGACCUCGAAGCUCCAGACUGGGCUGUGCCAGCUUGGGGUUCCGCCGCGCUCUUCGAACUUGGCGUACCCAAACCAGAAAAGAUUGACUAUCCUAAAGUGGAUCUUGGUGCUGGAGGCAAAAACGCAUGGGAAGGCUUACCGACGCACCGUGAGAUAUCAGAGGGGGACUGGAAUGUCAGUAUACCGUUACAUCUACGGUACAUGCCUGCUGAGGCGUCGUCGCAUGCUAGACUGCCGGUUCCGUGGCCGGUAGUGUUCUGGGCUUGUCGGGCUGAGAGCGGCGCGCAGCAUACGUCUAAUCCUUUUGAUCGCAAGCAUCUGGGGUAUGAGGGUCUGUUUGGGCCGAAGACUAGGUUCAUGCAUGUGCAGCCUGAGGUAAGGAAUCAGACAGCUGAGGGUGAUGGGUUGGUGGAGUGGAUUGAUGUGCCGGUGCUUGAUACGAGCAAGGCUGGGUGGGUCGAAGUGGGCACUGUGGGAGUGGUCUUGUUUGCCUUUGCGGGGUUGUGUUGGGUGUUGUUUGGGAAGAGUGGAAAGGGGGCUGUGAAGGAGGAGAAGAAGAAGCAGUAA